AUGCAACAUAAUGUUCAAAAAAUUAAGGGGAUUAAAGAGGAUAUGAAAAUAAAAUAAAUAGGGGAGGAAAUAGGCUUUGAAUAGAGGAUGCUUAAGAAGAAAAAUAAGGAAAAAAUAGGAACAAAGUAUACAUGAAAUAUAUUAAUAAGAAAAAAUAUAGGGGAAAAAUAGGGAAUGAAAUUGGUGAUGAAAUCUAUGAAGAUAGAUAAUUAAUUCGGAAUAAAAUAGGGGGUAAAUAUGCUGUGA